CCUCUGCUCUCUCUGAUUCUUCACCCAUAAUACCCUCAGCCAUAACAUCGUUCGAUAUGGAUAACUCACGAUUCCAGCAAUGUCAUCAGAAUGCUGACAUUUUAGACAAUAAGAGACAGGAUACACUGGCUCAACAAACCCGCGAGCUCAUGGAAAACGUUUUUCAAAUCAAGAUCAUACUCGCAACCGACCACCACGUCAUCCCCCAGGGACCCUGCCUUCUCAGAAAAUUGUACGAAGAUGCGAAGGAGACCAAGUACGAAUACGCAUCCACGGCACUCUGGAUCAAGAUCCUCAGUUCAGCAUUCUACGAAAGCGCCAUCUUCUCUCUCUCCUGCGAAUUUCCUCCCGACAACAGUCUCAGAAGGGUGGAUAUUGUCUUGAAUCGAUAUAAUGAAAGUGGCAACUACCAAACGGGAGUCCUCUACUGCGAAGCUAAAAAGGUUGAUGGCAGUGAGGCUGAUGUCACGAAACAAAUCCGGGAUGCAGCACGCCGCUCUAGUGAACACCAUGGCUUGGCGGGCGUUUAUACUCUCGCUGUAAUCGGGACAAAAUUCGAUAUGCAAUACUACGACAAGGCUCCGGACUCAUUCUAUCCUCUCACUCAUGGCUAUGCGGAUAUCGACUCCGAGGCCUGUAGGGAAUUUCUCAAUACUGUGCAUCUGAUCAAGGGUGACACACCUCUCCGACAGGCUCCAACCGUUCCCAGCAACGCCUAGUGAGACAUCCAUGCAAACCAAGGAGGCGAUUCCCAUUGCUGUUGCAAGAUUUCACAACACGUGGGGAAUUUACGAUACUUGGUGGUAUUGCUUGGGGAAGGAGGUUCGAUACAUGGAUAACGGUACUUAUCACUCAGACACUCUUUAUUUUGAGCUUUUUUUUGGAGGAGGUCCAAUGUAAGGACCAAAGGCACUUAUAGUUCUGUCACUCUUUAGGUUACAUUAUUUUUUGUUCGGAGGAGAUUGGAAACAAGGACGACGCUUCUCACUAUUCACUCUUUCAUGUUAAUUGUUAUAGUACUCAAUUCAUACCUACCUACUUGGUCAUUCUUUAUCAAUAUAAAUCCAUC